AUCCUGCGCCCAGCCAUGGAGCUGCUGGGGACCCUGAGGCCCCCGUGGUGGCUCCUGUUGUUCCUGCUCCUGGCCCUGCUGCUCUGGGCCACGCGCAGAAGCCCCUGGGAGCCCUGCAAGUGUUCCACCGACCUGACGGGCAAGACAGUGAUUGUCACAGGAGCCAACAGCGGCAUUGGCAAGUGCGUGGCCAUGGACCUGGCACGCCGGAACGCCCGCACCAUCCUGGCAUGCCGAAAUUGGGAGCGGGGCCAGGCGGCCGUGGAGGAGAUCCGGGCGGCCACCGGGAACCCGGCGGUGGUGCUGAGGCUGCUGGACACCGGCUCGCUGGCCUCGGUGCGCGCCUUUGCCAGCGCUGUGCUGCGUGAGGAAUCGCGGCUGGACGUGCUGGUGAACAACGCCGGCGUCACCGGGCUGCCCUUUGCCAUCACAUCGGAGGGCUUGGAGCAAACCUUCACCACCAAUUACCUGGGCCCGUUCCUGCUCACCAACCUGCUCCUGGACCUCCUGAAAGCCUCAGCACCCGCUCGGGUGGUCAACGUGUCGUCGUUCCGGCACAGCGUGGGCACGGCUGACAGCGGGUUCCUGACGGGGCAGAGGUGCCCGGGCGGGUACGAUGCUGCCUACAACAGCACGAAGUUGAUGAACGUGCUCUUCACCGCCGAGCUGGCACGGCGCCUGCAGGGCACAGGGGUGACGGCCAACGCGCUGAGCCCCGGCGUGGUGAGCACCAGCAUCAUGCGCCACUUCAGCUGGCCCGUGCGGGCACUCUUCAGCCUCCUCCGCCCCUUCAUGAUGUCGGCCGAGCAGGGUGCUGCCAGCACCAUCUUCUGCGCCAUCUCGGAGGAAGCUGCGGGCAUCACCGGGAAAUACUUCGACAGCAGCUGCCAGCUGGCGCUGCCUUCCACUGCCGCCCGCGAUGCCGCGCUGGCACGGAAACUCUGGGAAGCAUCGGAGAGGCUGACGGGGCUCACGGAGCAGGACUGA